CUGAACAGAAUUAUAGUGAAUGUUGGAAUGAUGAAUUCCUAUGGCUUGGUGAAAUCCUGUCGGUUGGUAAAUUCUGCAUCGGACACUCUGAUGGGUGGCAGGUAUCUGAACCAUCAGAAAGGACUGCCCCGUCUGCCUGUGCCCCCUCUGCGGGAGACCUGUGAACGCUAUCUGAGUUGUCUGGAGCCCAUUGUAACAGUGGAUGAGCUGAAGCACACAAAACAGCUGAUGAAGGAGUUCCUCAAAGAAGGAGGUGAUGGAGAGAAACUGCAGAGAAGCCUGGAGAGGAAAGCGUGCACUACUGACAACUGGCUUGCAGAUUAUGGGAUACAGAUUAAUUAUUUGGACUCGAGGGAAUCUUUGCUGAUUUAUAACAGUGGAUUUGUUCUUCCCAGAAUGGACUUCAUUGAUAAACAGGGACAAAUAAGGUGUGCUGCCAAAGUGAUAAAAGCUGUUUUGGACUUUAAGACAAUGAUUGAGGAUGAGACACUACCAGUACAAUAUAUGCGAGGAGAGCCCCUCUGUAUGAUGCAAUACUUUCGGGCACUGUCAUCCUGCCGUGUCCCUGGACGGAAGACUGACUCAUUGGUGUUCCAUGCCAAGAACUCCAAUGGCCCCAGACACAUUACAGUGGCACAAAACUCUCAGUUCUUUACAGUGGAGGUCUACCACAGUGAUGGCACUCCGAUCACUGCUGAUCAGCUUUGUGUUCAGCUGCAGCGGAUCUGUAAUUCCUCACUAGAGACCAACGCAGAGCAUGUUGGUAUUCUCACGACCUUGCGCCGGGACGCCUGGUACAAAUACUAUAACAAACUGGUCCAGGAUCCCUCCAACAAAAAAUCAGUUUCAGCCAUUGAAAGGAGCAUCUGUGUGCUGUGUUUGGACAAAGCCAUCCCUCGGACAUAUGAGAAGUAUAGCGGGUUUGAACCACUGCAGGUUUUGCAUGGAGGCGGCAGCCAGUGGAACAGUGCUAACCGCUGGUUUGACAAAUCACUGCAGUUUAUUGUUGGUGAAGAUGGGACAUGUGGGUUUAACAUGUUGCAUGCUAUUAUUGAUGGCACACCAUGUAUGGCUCUAUCAGAUUAUAUCACAUCUUCCAUGAAGAAACCACAGAUGAUGGAGUCUCCUGUGGCACUUUUGCCAAUGCCUCAGAAACUACACUUUAACAUCACACCUGAUAUCAAAACAGCCAUUGAGGAAGCUAAACAGAGCAUUGACAAGCAUGCCCAAGACCUGGACCUCAGGGUUUUGGUAUUCAAUCACUUUGGAAAAAAAAUUCCAAAAGCACACCAAAUAAGCCCAGAUGCUUUUAUACAGAUGGCAAUACAGCUGGCCUACUAUAGGAUCCACCAGCAGUGCUGUGCAUCAUAUGAAGCAGCCUCCAUGCGUUUGUUCAAGAAAGGACGGUUGGGUGUAAUCCUUUCAACCUCCAGUGCCUCAGCUGCCUUUGUCAAGUCUUUUGAUGAUCCCAAAAAGCAGAACUCAGACAAACGUAAUUUAUUGGAAAAUGCUAUAAAAGUGCAUACGUGGAACACCAACAUGGAAAUUCGUGGCCGGACAACAUUUGGACACUUCUUGGCCCUGAAAGUUCAAGCUAUUGAGAACAGUAUCCCCAUGCCAGACAUCUACACAGAUACCUCCCUUGAUAAAGCCUUUAACUUUCUACUUUCUACAAGUCAGGUGUCGUUCAAGGCUUCCUGUCUGGCUUGUGCUGUGCCAGAAAAACUAAACGUAUAUGAUUUUUGCUACAGUGUUACAAGUGAUGAUUUCACCUUUGUAGUAUCAGCCUGGAAAAGCUGCAAAGAAAAUAAUGUGGUACGACUGAUACAAACCCUAGAAGAUACACUGUUAGACAUGAAGAUGCUGCUGGAGGAAACUAAACUAGAGUCAGAUGGCUCUACCUAGAUCUAGGUAAAGAAGCUAUUUGAUAGCAAAAUUCAAAACAAUUGAUUGAUUAAUAUGAGUCAUUCAACUUUAUUUUUCAACUGUAUUUUAUUUUGUUUGUUUUAAAAUUAAACACGUGGUAAAAAGCUCUUAUGUUAUAGAUCGUUAA